GUCAUGAGCUAUGGCGGGAUUUCGAUACUGGUGGCGAAGUGUUUGCCAUACAAGGGUUUCGUCGGCUCGGCUUUGUCUAGGGCAAGGGCGACGGCGAGCGGCGCGGCGAUCGCGCGAAUGGCGUCCACUGGCACUGGCGCCUAUGAUUUUGAGCUCAAGAUCGCCAUGGAGGCCGUGACGCUCGCUUGCGGCCUCACUAAGUCCGUGCAGAGAAAACUAUUGGAAAACGAAACGCAAUCGAAAACUGACAACUCUCCGGUUACUAUAGCAGAUUAUGGCUCACAGGCAGUGGUCAGCUGGGCUCUAGAGCGGCAACUCCCCGCCGGAACGUUCUCCAUGAUAGCAGAAGAGGAUUCCGAAGACUUGAGAAAAGAAGAUGGAAAGGCCAUGCUGCAAAGAAUCACAGAACUCGUUAAUUCUAUUCCUUCCAAGGAUGCGGUGCUUUCUUCGGAGGACGUUCUUUGUGCAAUCGAUCGAGGCAAGGCCGAAGGUGGUGUUCAAGGACGACACUGGGUUUUGGAUCCUAUUGACGGAACCAAGGGAUUCCUUCGUGGAGAGCAGUACGCAAUCGCAUUGGCAUUGCUGGACCGAGGAUCCGUUGUUCUUGGUGUUCUCGGCUGUCCGAACUUGCCGCUGAGCGGGUUGUCCGACGAUGGAAGCUCACCAGUCGGUUGCUUGUUCACCGCUGUGAGAGGAGCUGGAACUACAGUUCACGCGAUCGAUCGUUCAGUGCAGCCUCGGAAGGUUCGUGUCAGCGACCUCAGCGACCCCGCCUUGGCAGCGUUCUGUGAAUCGUAUGAAUCGGCUCAUUCAAAGCAUGACUUGACGUCUGGCAUUGCUAAGAUGCUGGGAGUGACAGCGUCACCGAUCCGAAUGGAUAGCCAAGCGAAGUACGGGGCCAUGGCGAGAGGAGACGCAGCGAUUUACCUUCGUUUCCCUCACAAGGGAUACCGGGAGAAGAUCUGGGAUCACGCAGCCGGUUCAAUCGUCGUAGAAGAGGCUGGUGGUGUGGUUGUGGACGCUGCUGGACGGGCCCUGGAUUUUUCCAAGGGAAGAUAUCUGGAUCUGGACACGGGAAUUAUUGCUACAAAUCCCUCGCUUCUCACGGCAGUACUCACUGCAGUGGAAACUUGCGUUGGAUCAAAGAGUUUUUUGUGACGAGGUAAAAGAGUUUUGGGUUUUGGGUUUUGAUUAAUUACUGGAAAAGGCUCCUUAAAUCCACACCUUUUCCCAUGGUUAUAUAAACUUGCCACAGCUGCGAGUCAUAUUGUGGGUAUGGAGCAAGAGAAUUGGAAGGUUUUGCCAACACCGGAGCAAAUUAUGGAGAGGCGGCGCCUUUGGAUACAGCGAAACCGAGCUGACUAUUUGGAAGAGAUUGGCGGGGAAACGGAGAAAGACGAUGUGAAGCUGGAGAAACAUUCUCCCGGUGGGGCGUCAAACUCCUCUAAGAGAGUUGACGAGGAAAAAGAAGAUGCUUGUCUAGAAGGCCACAACAAUAGUAAUAACAGACUUCUUUGGUGGUUC